AUGAGGACCGACUCGAUUGAAAAUAGCCUCGAGGCUGCCAUAAAUGCCGGAAAGCUAAACGGUACGGUCGUCUGCGCGUCUAAUACGACUGGCUCAUUCGUAUUCAACAAGACUUUCGGCGAACGUACUCUUUUAUCAGGCGAGAAGCGACCGCAACAGUUAGAAGACGUGCUGUUUUUGGCCUCUGCCACAAAAUUGCUAACCACUGUUGCUACCCUGCAAUGUGUGGAUGCCGUAAUUUUAAAACUCGAUGGAGACCUUUCGUCGGUCGCACCGGAACUCGCCUCUAAGCAAGUUCUGACAGGCUUUGCUGAUGAUGGAACACCUUUGCUUGAGGGUGCCAAUCGACCCAUCACCCUCCGAAUGCUUCUUUCCCAUAGCUCUGGUCUCAGUUAUCAUUUUAUGGACCACAAUAUCGCCCGGUGGCGAGAAAAUUUCGCUGGCUCUACAACCGAGCGUCGAAACGUCGAGGAUUUGUUCUGUUAUCCACUCACUUUCCAGCCUGGCGAAGGAGAACGUAUGGAGGAAUGUAUGUUCAACCCACUGGGCUUCUCAGGUGGUCAAUUUUAUCCAGUUCUGAGGGAAGAUCUGAGAGCAAGGAUGGUGGAUCUUAAUGCAAACGACCCUGAUGCUCUGGGACGAGCUGUACUUGGAGGGGGUGGUGAGAUGAACAAGCGGACAAUUGGGGACUUUGGUGGACAUGGCUAUUUCCUGCCUGGGGUCGACUUUGUCAAGGUUCUACAAUCCUUACUGGUUAAUGAUGGCAAACUCCUUCAACCUGACACCGUCGAUACCAUGUUUCAGAAUCAUCUCAAUUCGCAAGCUAUUGAAAGUCACCAGGCUGCGCUGACUGGUCCUGCUGGUGCUUUCCUGCGUGUCGGCACCGAGCUUGGAGCCAAAGUCGGUUACGGACUGGGAGGACUUUUGACGCUACAAGAGGUCGAUGGAUGGUAUGGUGAUCGCACUCUCACCUGGGGUGGUGGGCUAACCUUGGCUUGGUUUAUCGAUCGUCAAAAUGGCCUUUGCGGCCUGAUUGCUCCCCAAGCUACACUUCCAGUCGAUGUCGAACUCAUGGGCUCGUUGAAGCAAAUAUUUCGCCAUGAUGUAUAUCGCAAAUAUCACGCAUGGAAGGAUCAGUCCCAGCAGUGA